UUUAUGAUUGUAGAAAAAGAAAAGAUCUGGUCUUUCGCAUAGGUCGAUAUAAAAGCGAGCAUAAGGAAAGAUUUUUUAUCAGAUUUAAGUGGAAGCUCGAACGAGAUACUCGAAGAUUAUUAUUUUGUAUUGGAAUUAAGACAGUUCACAGUGUUUAAAAUGUUUAAGGUAAGCCUUCUGCUCGUAUGUGCCGUCGGACUAAGCUCAGCUGCAACAGUUUACAACGUGCGACCAGUUAACAAUGAACCUUCAGAUUUAGAAGGCGCAGAGAGCGCACAAUUCGGUUUCGGAGGAGGAUUCGGAUCUCCUUAUGGUGGUUAUGGAGGAUAUGACAACUUCGGAGGUGGCUAUGGAGGUUAUGGUGGAUAUGGAGGUCCCGGAGGUUUCGGUGGAGGUUAUGGCGGCUAUGGAGGUUAUGGAGGUUACGAUGGAGGCUAUGGAGGUGGUUAUGGAGGUUAUGGAGGCUACGGAGGAUAUGGUGGAUAUGGUGGAUAUGGAGGAUACGGUGGAUAUGGAGAUUAUGGUGGUUUCGGUGGCGGAUGUUGCGGUGGAUUCGGUAAAAAAUAAAUCUGUACGUACACAGCUAUGAUGAAAAACGGUUUCUAGAAAAUUAACUGUGAUGUGAGUGUCUAAUAUAGACACUGUCUAUACAAACAAA